UCAGCUACACUUCACUUGAGAAGGACAGAGAGGCAACAGAGCUGCUGAUGGCAUCCCUAAAAAUACUAGUGAUGUGUUAAAUCAAGCGAACACCCUGGAGAGUCCUAGGGACAGGUACUUCAUUUCCUACUUCCACAGGCAAACUAGCAGUGAAGAUGAAAGAUUAGAAGUGUUAUGAAGAAUAGGAAGAAGGACUGAAAAUAAUGAAAAGACAGCUGUUCUUGGGUCUAACUUUCCUAGGUCCUCCUAUUAAUUCAUCAGAGGGAGUUCACCCAAUGUUCUGGGACUUUCUCACUCUCUCCAGACAUCUCUAGAACACCAAUGGAGCAUGAAGGCUAUCCAGUGGACUAAAGUUGGGGAGAGAGAGUUCUUCUUUGAAGUGGCAGGAUGGUGAGGGAAGCAGAACUCUUCUGGCAAUCUUGCUGCUUCUUAAUCUCUGGACAUCCUCACCAGUUUUCAAAGGGCUGGAUGGAAACAUUUGAAAUGGGGAGUAUUCUUGGCCAUGAAAUGUGCUCUACUUCAGCCUUUAGAAAGUUCUUUGCGUUAGUGUCAGGGACUUCUACUUUCCUGAGCAAAGCAUGGGACCAGCUGCCUAGAAACAAAUCACACUUCCCUUGGGGAGGCUGAUAAGGAGCCAGGAGCUUGUUGUGGCCGAGUGGCACAGUCAUUAAGACAUUCCCAGCCCCAUCACCAACCUUUUCCUUCCUCCACUACUCACUGGAGAUUACUUGAGAAUCAAAGAAGAGGGUCUGCUGAAUGCUGGAAAGCAUGUAUCAUCCCAGCCAGGGCAGUCUGCGGGCUUUAAAGUCUCUUCACCAUGCGGAUGCACCGAAGAAAUGACCUGCCCAGACAAGCCAGGCCAACUCAUAAACUGGUUUGUCUGCUCCUUGUGCAUCCCGAGGGUGCUGAGGCUUUGGAGUAGCAGGCGCCCGAGGACCAGGAGAAAUCUGUUGCUAGGAACUGCCUGUGCUCUUUACCUGGGCUUCCUGGUGAGCCAGGUUGGGCAUGUGUCACUGCAGCAUCGAAGGGCACCACAAAAGGGCCCCCACCGGAAUCUGGAUGCUGCUGGGACAUCCUUCCUGGAGCUGCCAUUGGAUGGCACACUGGCACCCCCUGAGAGCCAGGGGAACGGGACCACCCUGCAACCCAACGUGGUCUAUAUCACGCUACGCUCCAAGAGGAGCAAGCCUGCUAACAUUCGAGGGACAGUGAAGCCCAAACGCAGGAAAAAAUAUGCCCUGGCCUCCUUACCCCAGAGACAGGAGAUGUGGACUAAGCCGUCCAUCCAGCCCCAUGGGCUGGCACUGGCAGCAGAUGCCAAUGUCCCUGGGCAUCCGCACAAGGAACAGGUGGACAGGGAUUGGGGGCAGACCUGGAGACUGGCCCAGGGACCCGAUCUCCAAUUGCCCAGGACUGCAGAGAGCAACAUUAGGAUAUACAGUGAGAGUGCCCCCCCUUGGUUGAGCAAAGAAGACAUCUAUGGGAUGCGCCUACUGGCUGACAGUGCUAUUGGAGACAUCCAAGAAUUACAGUCUCUGACUGGAGCUCGCUUGUUGGUGCUGGAGGGGAACCCAAGGAACAUAUGGCCUUCUUGUGGCACCAGUCCUUGUGGCUUGCUUAAGAGACCCCUGGACAUGAGUGAAGUGUUUGCUUUCCACUUGGACCGCAUCCUGGGCCUUAACAGAACCCUGCCAUCUGUGAGCAGGAAAUCUGAGUUCAUUCAAGAUGGUCACCCCUGCCCUGUGAUUCUUUGGGACUCAUCACUGGCUCCAACAGAUAAUGAAAGUCAUUCUUCAGUUCCACUCACCUGGGGUGCUUAUCAACAAUUGCUCAAACAAAAGUGUUGGCAAAAUGGUAGAGCACCCAAAGCUGAAUGGGGAUGUACUGAAGUACAUCAUCAUGAAUGGUCUAAGAUGGCACUUUUUGAUUUUUUGCUCCAGAUCUACAACCGCUUAGAUGUAAACUGCUGUGGAUUCAGACCUCGGAAGGAGGAUGCCUGUGGUCUGAAGGGAGUGAGGAGGAAAUGUGAUAACCCAGACACUGUGGAGCUAACACACAUUGUUCAAAGAAAGCAUGACUCAAGGCACUUGGUCUUUAUAGACAAUAAAGGUUUCUUUGACAGAAGUGAAGAUAAUUUAAAUUUCAAAUUAUUAGAAGGAAUCAAAGAGUUUCCUGAAUCUGCAAUUUCAAUUCUGAAGAGUCAUCACUUAAGGGAGAAGCUCCUUCAGUCCUUGUUUCUUGACAAAGUUUAUUGGGAAAGCCAAGGAGGUCGACAAGGAAUUGAAAAACUUAUUGAUGUGAUAGAACAGAGGGCCAAGAUUCUUCUCACCUACAUCAAUGCACAUGGAGCCAAAGUAUUGCCUAUGAAUCAAUGACUUUGAAGGACCUGUCAUUAAAGUAAAAACUGGGACAAAAAACAAUAGGACAUAGAAAUACUUAAGUGCUCUUUCAAGACUCUUAUAGAAAUAUUGUGAAAAUAUUUUCACUUCACAGAAAACAUUCACUUUUCUCUUUCAUAAGUAUCAAACUGGACCCAGUAGACUGUAAGUUCUUUGAGAGCAGGAGCUUUUAUUUCUAUAUUCCCCUAAUACCCAGAAACAUUGCCUUCUACUUUUCAAAUGACUUUUUGUAUUGGAUUGGCCCAAAUACUUGACUGUAGAAUGGUUUCAAGGAUUAUCUGACCUGAUUUUAGCAAACCAGUUAGUAUCAUAACCUGAAUCCAGUUCAUUUUUUAAUUCAACAAAUUUCUUUUCAUCAAUUAUGUGCAAAGCACUAUCACAAGCACUGAGAACAUAAAAACUGAAACAAUACAGUCCUUUCUUGAAGGUGCUCACAUUUGUUUCUUUGCUUGGCAAAGGAGACCCAGAUAUAUAUAUUGGUCAUUUCUACAAUGACUUCAUAAAGAAAACCUUAAUGAUAACAGUGACCAAAAGUUACCUUGGUGCCAUUCCCCCUCCUAUGUUUUGGGGCACCUUAGGUCUAUGAUCCAUUCAGAACUAAGAUACCCAAAGAGGAUAUUAGGGCUGUCUCAGUAUUGGCAAUUGCGUAUCUACAAUUUACAGACAGCUCAAAGACUUCACUGAUGUCCCUCAUAUAUGUAUUAGAUCAUUGAUAAAAACACAGUGCAUUCUGCAGUAUUUCUACAAAAAUCCCUGACAUACCUAUAAAGAAAACAUUGUAUUCUCAGAUCUUCUGGAAAUAAAUUGCAUUUAGAAUAGAGAAAAUUCAAAUCUGACUAUAUUCAUGGCUCUUCUUUUUCUAAAGAGAGAUCUAAAUUAUAUCUUAUGGCUUGGAACCAAGUGAUUCUGAGACUGGAAAUUGAUUAUUUAGAAAUAUAUAUUUAUAUAUACAUAUAUAUAUAUACACACACAGAGAUGCACACACAAAGAACUUUUGAUUUUUUUAGAGUGAGAGGGAAAAGAAUUUAAUUUGUGAUUUUUUUGAAGAAUAUAUACAAUAAAGUCAGUUUUAUGACCCAUUAACAUUUUUCUCACAUUUGGUUAGUAUGAUAAUAAAUUUUUGAAUGCAGUUCACAUCAGUUGUAAGAUAUAAACUUAUUUCUUAACUAUCAAGGAGAAAAAUAUUGUGAGUUAAAUCCUGACAUUAGUGAGUUUCUUCAGAGAAAGCACAAUUCUAACAUCAAGGCCAGUUCCCAUCUCUUCCUUAAUGCCUUACCUUAAUGCCCUAUUCAUAUUAACAUGGAUGAACCUACGCUUCUAGGAAGGAAAGGGUAUAAGCAUUUGUGUAGUGCCUAGUAUGUGCCAGGUACAAUGCUAAGUACUUUUUAUAAGCAUUUUCUCAUUUGAUCCCGACAAUAACCCUGUGAGUUAGGUACUAUUAUUCUCAUUUUACAGUAGAGGAAAGUAAUUAUUGGGUCUCAUUACCUUCUAAUAUUUUUGAAGAACUAAAUGGAUAUUUCUAUAUUGAUUCCUAAACUUUAUUUUAAAAAUUAUUUUGGAAAGGCUACUCUUUUUUUUAGCUUUGUUUUGCUUACUUGAGAAAUUAAUAUUAGGAGUUCAUUUGAAAAUUGUUUACAAAAAAAGAAUACCACUCCAUUCCACAUCCAAAGCUGUAUGCUGCUCUUAAUGUGUCCUACAUUUUCUAUCAUUUAAAAAUAAAGAAUAAAUAGCAAUGUUGAUAGUUUUAUAAAUCAUAUUUUAAGUAAAUGAUGAUUUUUCCCCUGUGGAUCAAUUUUAAUUUGUAUCUGCAGAAAUUAAAAAUAAGAUAAAUAUUAAAUGUAAGAGAAUAUGGGAGUAAAGAUAUCAUUGGAUCUUCUGUUACUGGGUUUUCAAGACAUUUGUCCUGUAUUGCCUUCAAGUGACACUCACUUAUUGUCAGGGCUUACUCUCAGAAAAAUGGUUAUUAGAAUUAGUCUUCAGCAUUCCUAUAUAUUCUCUUAUUCCUUAGUGCCAUUUCUUUAGAUAUUUUCUAACUGUGUGAUCUUGGGUAAGUCACUAAACCAUUUUGGUCACUAGUUAUUUCUUCAUCUAUAAAAUGAUGGGGUUAGACUUGACCUCUGUGCUUACUUCUCUAGCUUUAAGUCCAGGAUCUAUGAUCCAAUGAUAUGAGGAAAUGGUGGUCAGAAAAGGGUAUUUGCUCUGGUAGCUCAAAGAAAUAUUAAUUUGACCCACAGGGGAAUCAUUUGACACACAUCAUUUUGAGAAGCAAUGAUAGUAUUGAUUUGGUUAAGGUCACCAGAGUAAAAGGUAGAAAAUGGGGAUAAAGGUGCAUGAGGGGAGCAGAAUUUGGUGGAAGGAUUUUUCUUAUGGAGAAUUCCCUAUAAAGGACCAAAAAAAAAAGACUCCUGAUUUGAUGCAUUAUCAUUUCUAGGCAACAUAUUUGACUUUUAAUAGAGACUUUCUGGAAAUCACAUAUUUCAGUCCAAAGGAUUAAUUUAAAUGGUGGGAAUUCCAAGCAACAUGGAUGGUUAUUGGGAGAGAUAUUUGGCAGGUAGCCUUUUGGGUGCCAUUUAAGUAUUGCAUUGAGGGUGGCCUCAUCUUCCUAUACAUAAGGAGGCCCAGAUUAAUUUAAAGGCUUAAUGUAGAAUUUGAAGCAAAUAAAUACAAGUUCCAGGAACAUCUGUUCAUUUCACUUGUGCUCACUCUUUUAUUACCUAUUUUAUUAAAAUGAAAUUGGUGAAUAAUUCAUGAUGUAUUAUUUAUGAAUAAUGAAUUGCUAAAGGCCGAGCUUUUAAUUCUCAGAGCUAAUGUCCUUCAUUUUUCUUUCUGAAAGCAAAAAUGGUGUUAAUAAUGAGAAAACUCUGCUUAUUUCUAACAAAUCGAGUUCCUUCCUCUAUGGUUUGGUUCACCUCAGCACAUUCCCUUACUUCUAAGCUGGUAACAAAUUUGAAAAGGUUGAUUAACUUCAGCCAAAAGAUAUGGCAAGUAAGGAAUCUUCUUGAAAGAUUCAUUUCCUUUAAACAGAUGAUGUUAAGGUGACUAAUCUAUCUCUCCAAGAAUGAAUAAAAUAGGUGAGAUGUUCUUUAAAUGGUAGACUUCCUUUUUCAUUGGAUAUAGACUUGGUUUAACAAAUCCCAUGUAAAUGAAUGUUCAAUCUUUAUUCAAUAGUGAACUGAGCCUGCCAGCUAUCAGUUGAUUUGACAUUUUCAUCCUUAGAAAGCUGUAGGCUCUAGAAUUCAUCCUUAAGCAUCUGAAAGGUUGUCAUGUAGAGGAUGGACUAAACUUGUUCCAUCUGGCUCAAUAGGGCAGAACCACCAGCAAUGGAGAGUGAUUGCCAAGAGUCUUCCAAUCAGAGCUGUCCAAAAGUGGAAUGAGUCAUUUAGAGUGGUGGUGGGUUCUUGUAAGUGGGUGUCAAAGGUUGGGUGAUCCCCUGUUGAGUAUAUUAUGGUGGGAAUUUCUUUUUCAUAUGGGUUGUACCAGAUGGCCACUGAGGUCCCUUUAACUUUCAAAUUCUGUGAUGAGUCAAUCUACAUGCUGAAGUGUGCAAGGUAGUAUGUGGCAACUUGUUGAAUUAUAUUGUAAAUUGCUUUUUGGGGCUUAGUCUCAGGCAUGUAUUUUUAUGCCUGUGGGGUGACAUGGACUUUAUGUUUACAAGCUAUCUUUUAGCACCAAUAUUUAUUGAGUUUAUUGGGUACUAGUGAACCUUUCCAGAGCAUAAAGAAGACAUGUUCCUUAACCUCAAAGAGUUUACCAUCUGUUAAA